UCUUCGCGAUGAGUCAACCGCAGGGAGCUACAAAACUGUUGUUUACAUUAGAGAAAUUGAAGCCGUGUAUUCCUAUUAUGCCCUAAAGCUGUCAAGAACAACAUUCAAUCCGGUGUGAUGAUGCCGGUGACGGAUGGCUCAUUGUAAUGUCUCUGCUACGUUAUUUUAGACAGCAAUAUUUCUGAGAGGUUUUUUACGGGUCGCAUUGCAUCUGCGCCUGACAAUGGUAUCGGACAGCAAAAAAAUAAUAAAAAAUAAUAAUAAGACGAGCGUGUCGUGAAAAGCCACUUGCAAACCUUUGUUUUUGGGGAACCCUAAUUUUGUGUCAAGCAGCACACUCUACAUCCGAAAGCGACCGCAACAGUUCGCCGUUCUAGGAUUCGCCAUUGUCUUGCAGCUUUUGGGAUAGUGAGCAUCGUGGAAGACAAAUGGGCUGGAGCGUGGCGGCCCUCAGCUUGGUGGUCCUGUGCUCGGUUUCAAGCGGAACCGGUGUCAAGACUACUGUCGUGGCUCCAACUGCUUUAGUUGAAGCCGAACAGCGUGUCAAGAAACUCGCGGAUCUCUUCUCCGACAUCAGAAGCAAUAUGCGGCCCCGGCAUUGUGCCGACCUUCUGCGCGCGGGACAGACGACAAGUGGCCUGUACGACAUAUUUAUUGGGAAAGAUGACGUCAAAGGGAAAGUCGUCUACUGCGACAUGGAGACCGACGGAGGAGGCUGGACGGUCAUUCAGAGACGAGGGCAGUUCGGUAACAGGGUGUACUACUUCUACCGUAACUGGAAAGACUAUGCCACCGGAUUUGGUGAUCCGGCCAAAGAGUACUGGUUUGGUAACAGAGCGCUACAUGCUCUAACGUCGAAUGCAGAAUGCAUGAAGCUGAAGAUUGUCUUGAAGAACCACACAGGUGAAAGCGUCUCUGUGGACUACGAGAGUAUCAAGGUCGGGUCGGAGAAAGAUCAUUUCAGGCUUUCCCUAGGACGAUUUCUGGGUCCGAAGGGGUGACCUUGAAUUCCUCUUCCGAGCGCUUUCCUCGUCUGACUCUCAGGAGCUCGGACUUCUCCGUCGAGCAGGCGACGCUUCUAAAAAGGCUGGGACAUCAAGAAAUAAAAAGCGAGGAACAGAGAUGGCAAACCUACCAGAUGAGUACCGCAGCUCCAUCAGGGUAGGGUCCUUGCGAAGAAACAUGGACCCAAACCAACACGCCGCCAGGCGGAAUGCAAGUGCAAAAUAUGUAGAGAAAUAUCUAGCAACCAAGGCGAACACGGUAUAUACGUACGCCGCGGUGUAUCCUCGGAAACGAGGAACAACAGAGCAAAAAGUCGUCGCGAUAGUAAUUGGCUCGAACUAUAAGGAAAUCACUUGCGCGUCGGCACGGGACUGUACGGUAACUGAGGGAGAAGAAAUGGCUGUUGCUCUAGCGGCCGCGGAGGGUUGCCACGCAAGCAAAUUCCUUACAAUAUUAAGGGAUUCUAAGGAAGCAUGCCGUAACUACAUCAAUGGCAGAAUUGGCCACAAGGCGCUCCAAAUCUUCCUGCGCGCAGGCCAACACGAAAGACCAGUUAGACACAACAUUUUCUGGAUACCGGGACACACUGAAAUUGAAGGCAACCAGAGGGCUGAUAGGACCGCUCGCGAGCAUACUAACCGAGCGGACCUAAAUGGAGACCCCAAGGACUUCAUGAUGGUGAUCCCAUUUACUCCGAAAUACUACAUUAUCACAGAGGAACGGGGUCAAAUACUCCGCACCCCAUAACAUGCUUAAUCAAAAAGAGGCAGUUUGCUGGCGGAAGCUGCAAACAGGAACCUACCCAAAUCUACACCAUAUUAAGCAAAAUGUUCCCAAACCAAUACACGGACAUAUGCUCAUGGUGUGGCGCAAAACCCACCAUUUAUCAUAUCACGUAGGAAUGCAGCAAAAAUAAAACUUUCCACAACAUAGAAAAUCCGAGUGCGGAGCAGUGGUACAGUGUGCUCUUCCGCGGCAACCCAUACCUCCAACGGGGGCUGGUACACCAUGCCCGACGAGCAGCCACGCUCAGUGGUGCCCUGGAAUAGGGGCGCCAACCCUGCAAGACGGGAGUCACCAUCGACAAGAAGAUGGAAGUGCUCGGUCUGACCGCUGAAUAUCUCUAUAAAUUAGAGCAAUAAAGUGUAUCCUAUUUUAUCCUA